UUUAUGUCAGAGAGGGCGAGCACCCGCUUCUGUGACUAUCCCCGAAAAACCGACCAUUUCCUGAUGUUCCACACAUAAAGAAGCAGAAGAAGAUGGAGGAUCUGAUGAAGAAGAAGCUGUUCGUGGUGAUGGAUGUGCUGUGCGUGUUGGUUGCCUCACUGCCUUUCAUCAUCCUGACCAUCAUGUCCAAGCCAUAUCAACGGGGGAUUUAUUGUGAUGACCAGAGCAUCAUGUAUCCCAUCAAACCAGACACCAUCACCCACGGCAUGCUGGCAGCUGUCACCAUCUCCUGCACCGUUAUUAUUAUCUUGUCUGGAGAGGCUUACCUGGUGUACAGCGAGAAGAUUUACUCCAACUCCAACUUCAACCAGUAUGUGGUUGCACUCUAUAAGGUGGUGGGCACCUUUCUGUUUGGAGCCGUGGUCAGCCAGUCGCUGACUGAGCUCGCCAAGUACACGAUCGGCCGUCCGAGGCCUAACUUCAUGACUGUGUGCGCUCCCAAGGUCUGCACAGGAUACAUGCAGGUGAUCAACUGCACCGGCAGUUUACCGGACGUCACAGAAUCAAGACUGUCUUUCUACUCUGGUCACUCGUCCUUUGGAAUGUACUGCAUGAUCUUCCUUGCACUGUAUGUGCAGGCGAGACUUGCGGCUAAGUGGGCCAGACUCCUCCGGCCCACAAUCCAGUUCUUCCUGGUGGCCUUUGCCGUGUAUGUGGGCUACACCCGAGUCUCUGAUUACAAGCACCACUGGAGCGACGUGCUGGUGGGGCUGCUGCAGGGAGCCCUUGUUGCUGUACUCAACGUCCGAUUCGUAUCAGACUUCUUUAAAAAGCGUUCUCUGCGCUGCUCGAGGACGGCAGCAGGCGAUAGCGAGGACCUGGAGAGGAAGCCGAGCCUGCAGAUCUCAGACGCGAUGCAAGGAAACCAUCACAACUUCCGGAACCACCCUGGCACUUUGUGA